AUAUCCCGACGUCGUUUAAUAGAUUGAAGCCGGUUUCGCUUCGAAAUCAAGUCCUCUCUAGUAUCUGCUGUAAACUGAGUUUAUCGAAUCGAACGCGUGGGAGUGGAACGUAGCACACGACUAGUAGACUUCCAUGGCGGCCGAACUUCCUCCUGUCACUGUCUCCACUGCCACAAUCCCAUCUUCAGUUCCGCACGAGAAACGGUAUCGUUCCAUCUUCGACACCCCAACCAACUUCUUCGAUGGUUGCCGCUUACUGUCUCCCUCCGCAGAUUCAGUAUCCGAGGCCCCUGAGAAUCCCACUAUCUUUGCAGCCUUUGAGGAUACCAAUGAUGAAGAAGAGAAGGGUUCCAGAAACGCCGUCGUAAUACCUAGAUGGACCUGUAAUACCUGCAAGGCCGAAUUCGAGUCGCUUCAGGACCAGCGCUCCCACUUCAAAUCCGAUAUUCAUCGAAUUAACGUUAAGCUAAGCCUUGCUGGGAAGGAUAUUGUGAAUGAGGAAGAUUUAGAUGAGUUAACAUCUGAUUCUUUCAAAGAUUAUGAUAUAUCAAGUAUAUCAGGAUCAGAAGAUGAAGCUGACAAAGGAUCCUUCCCUCAUGGUGUUAUGCAAAAGGGAUCAAUUGAAAGUAUUAAGCAGAAGCUGUUCAUACGUCUUCACACUGGAGAUAGAGUGUCACUUUGGAAGUGUAUGCUUUUGAAUGAUUUUGAAAGCAUUUCUUAUGAGAAUGAUAAAAGAGAUUCUUUUGACUUUGAUGGGAAUGUGCGAUGCCUUAAAGAGAGUGAAGUGAUUGAAAGAUUGAAAUUUCUGAUUCAUGAGCCUAGGGAUAAGACGUGUUUGAGGAUUAUAUUGCUUGCAAGUGGGGGUCACUUUGCUGGCUGUGUCUUUGAUGGUAAUGCGGUCGUGGUUCACAAAACAUUCCACAGGUAUGUUGUAAGGGCCAAAGCUGGUAAAAAACAGUCAGCAAAAGAUGCAAGUGGCAAGGCCCCACAUUCUGCUGGAGCUUCACUUCGACGGCAUAAUGAACUAGCUUUAAAGAAGGAUAUUCAAGAACUACUUUCUGCUUGGAAGCCUUAUUUUGAUGCUUCCUCCUGUGUUUUCAUUUAUGCUCCUUCAAGCAAUCGUCAACUCCUGUUUGAUGGAGAUAAAGCAUAUUUUAGCCAUCAGCAUUGUUUUGUUCAAAAUAUACCACUAAAUGUUCGAAGGCCCACUUUCAAAGAAGCACGGCGCAUAUAUAACCAAUUGACACAAGUUGCCUAUGAAGUAGAUGAGGACUUUCCAUCAGCCAGCAAAGAGGAAUUUGAGUUGAAUGAUACCUCCAUUCCUCAUGGCAGCCCAGACUCCAGAAAGGAGGACUUGAAGGCCUGCACCGACUAUAAAAUAACUACUGAAGCUUCUUCAAGUCUCAAAGACUCUGAUUUCUUGUCUAUGUCAACUGAAAGAGAAAGUGAAAUCAUUGGCGUAACAACACCUUUGCAUGAAGCAGCACAUUCUGGCAAUGCUCAUAAAGUAUUGGAACUGCUAGAACAAGGUUUGGAUCCUUGUAUAAAGGAUGAAAGGGGACGGACACCCUAUAUGCUGGCAACUGAAAAGGAAGUCAGGAAUAAUUUCAGACGCUUUAUGGCCUCAAAUCUUGAUAGGUGGGAUUGGCAUGCUGCUAAAGUACCUAGUGCAUUGACAAAGGAAAUGGAGGAAUCUCAAGCUGCGAAGCAGGCAGAGAAAGAUGCCAAGAGGAAAGCAAGAGCGAAAGAAUUGAAGAAACUGCGUAAAGCAAAAGAAAAAGCUCAGGCAUCUACAUCCGAAAACUCUAUUGCAAACGUGGAUAUCAAGGGACAGUCUCAGCCUUGUGGAGCAUCACAACCAUCUAAAGAGGAGGAAUUGAAGAGAGCACAGGCAGCUGAGAGGGAAAAGAGACUGGCCGCUGCAGAGAGGAGAAUGGCUGCAGCUGCAGUUCUAAAUUCCCAAGGCAGUGGCACUACCAGUGUUGUUGUUAACAAGGAACAACCCAGAAGUGGAAUAACAAGUGAUAUAUGCUGCUCGUGCUGUAAUGCAUCAUUGGCGGGUAGAAUUCCAUUUCAUAGGUAUAAUUACAAAUACUGCAGCACAACAUGUAUGCAUGUGCACAGAGAGGUCCUUGAGGAUGGAUGAAGUAAAUUCCUUCAAACUUGUAUUCUUUGUACUUUUUUGUUUUGUGGGUACUUGCAUAUUCUUUGUAAUUUGAAGGUUGUUUUUAUCAAAAUUUUAUGACUUAACAUUUAAA